AUGGCUAGUGUGAGUUCUUCCGUUCUUUAUUGCCCUUCUCACCUUUUCGUUCCAGUUCUUUUUGAUUACCCUGCUUGCUUCCCCCGCUCUCGGAUGCAUCGGAGGCCUCGGAGGAGGUGGUGGCUGCUGCCAACCAACUCAGCCCGCCUGCUCUAACCCAUGCGGUGGAGCUGCCGCUUCCGCGUGAGUUCUUCCUUUCUUUUCGUCUUCUAUUCUUAGCUUCCUUCAGUUAUGCUGCCCCAGCCGCUGGAUACCCAAGAGCUCCAGUCGGAUACGCUGCCCCACCUCCACCACCGCCACCAGCCUCGUUCCCGGCCCCCGCCCUUCCAGGAUUCGGAGGAGCUUACCCAUCUGCCGGAGCUGGAGGAGUUUACGCUGAUGCUGGAGUUCAAGGAGGAGCCCUGGGAGGAUAUGCCGGAGCCGGCCAGGCUGCCGGAGGAUACGCCGGAGCCGGACAAGCCGCCGGAGGAUACGCCGGAGCUGUUGCCCCAUCCGCCGGAGGAUAUGCUGGAGCUGCUGCCCCAUCUGGAUACGCCGGAGCCGGAGCUCCAAUUGCCCCAGUCAUCGGAGGAGCUUACAACCAGGGACCAGCAGCCAUCAACGGAGGAUUUGUCUCCCAGCAACAAGGAGGAGCUGUCGCCCCAGCUACCGGUUACGAACAGGGAGGAGCCGUCGCCCCAGCCGCCGUCCACGUCGAUGCCACCGCCGCCACUUCCGAGGGAGCCAUCUCCCAGCAAGGAGGAUCCUUUGCCGCCGGAGGAUACGGAGAGGAGACCUCUGCUGGCAUCGCCCCAGCCGGAGAGCAGACCAACACCAUUGUCCAAACCGGAGAGACUGACGAGGGAUACGGAUCUCAGGGAGGAGCCACCGGAACCGAAGCGACCCAUGUCGAGGAGACCGAGAUCGUUGCCGUCGCCACCGCUGCUCCAGCUGCUCCAGCUCCAACCUACGAGAACGUGCAGCCAUCCCCAGUCGUUCCAGCAGAAAUCCCAGCAGAGAUCCCAGCUGAGAUCCCAGCAGAGAUCCCAGCUGAGAUUCCAGCUGAGAUCCCAACUAUCGAGGAGACCCAUGUCGAGGAGACUCACGAAGAAAUCGCCCCAGCUCCAGCUGCCACCUCCGCCCCAUUCGUCGAGCCGGUUACCGAGGUUGUUACUGAAGUGAUUGAGGAAGUUGUGGAGCCGGAAGAGCCACAAGUUGUCGAACCGGCCCCACAGCCGCACGUUGACCCAGUUCAGCCAGCACCACAAGUCAUUGAGCCGGCACCAGUUGUUGAGCCAAUCCCACAAGCACCAGAGACCGUUGAGACGGAAGCUCCAGUUGCACCACAAGUCACUGAGUACCCAAUUCAGCCAACUGAGGCCCCAGAAGAGGUAUAUGAAGAGGAGACGGCGGCUCCAGUUGCACCGGUUCAGCCGACCGAAUCCUCUUUCGAGGAGGUGACCGCGGAGGAGACGGCUGCUCCACCAGCACCUUACGUUCCACCAGCACCGACCUUCAUUGUAUGUUUCUGAGUUUUCUAACACUUGAGCACAUUCCCAGACCGUGCCGGAGUGCACUCACUUCUCUGUGACACGUGGCAUUAACUAUUCGAUGCAAAGUACCAACUAUUUCUUUUCCAGGAGCAGAAGCCAGGAUACGAGCAGACCGCCCCGGCUGCCGAGACCAAGGAGGAGUCGUACGAUGAUGUCGAGCCAGAGGAGACCCACGAGCAGCCAGCCACGUCCGGAUACCAGGCGACCGAGGCCCCAGCCAAGGCUGACGGUGGAUACCGCACCCACUAA